CAAAACAAAAGUCACAACAAAGAACGUCGUCUCAUCGAGUCGGGAGCAGAAAAUCACGCAAAAGUAAAAUUUAUCAUUCUGCUUCCUCCAGACGAAACAAAUUGGAUUCAACUUUGUUUUUUUUUUUUCGGUGACCACUUCUCGCCAAUCCAGUUUAGUGCAAAAAAGUUCAGGUUUCAAAGUGCUGUUUGUUUACUCUAUCGUCGUGCCCAGAACAGUAAACAAGGUUCCGUUUUGCCUUGACAACAGAUCCGUUUUCUUGUGUGGUUUAUUUUGUCGCAGCGCAGUUUCCUGUUGAAUCAUCAAGAAAUUUGAAGCCCGUUUCGCGACGACGAGAUAAGCCUGAUUUUUCCUAGAGUUGAGCCUCAAAAUGGACGAUUAGUUUCGUCGUAAUUACCGCGCGUGUAAUCCGCUCACUAAUUAUGGCCACCCUCGAGAAGCCCAAAACAAAGCAGAAAAAGGCGAAAGUAAAGCCGUUGGUCCUGCCGGAUGUUCCCGGGGAGGAACCCCAGCUGUUGGUGGAUGAUGACUGUGGGGAGGAUGUGGUGGCGAGUGGGGCUGUCCAGGUCGAUAUCGAUUUCCCAAGUACGUCGACCUCGGAGGAAGUUCCGGUCAUCGGAGACUUGGUUGUCGUGGAUGAGGAGCGGAAUUUGACGGAUAGCGAGAAGAUUAUGCAGGAGGAGGAGCUGUCGGUGGAGGCGACCGCGCCGUCGGCGCCGGUGUUUGACGAACCUGCGGUCCAAGUAGUGCCAGAGGUCAAAGUACAGCCGGUUGUCCCCGUUGAAUCACUCUACCCGAAUCUUCAAGCGAUGCAGAUCCAGGAUGUCACCUUAGACGCCGUCGUAACUAGCACCUUGAAGCCCUUCAACCGAGACCAACAAUCCCAGUUUUACCGCGUUGACGCGGAACUCGGCGCGGCCGAGGCCUUCGAGCAGGAGUUCCUGACCCGGGAGCUCGAGGAACACGACCAGUGCGUUAACCAUCCGCUGUACCAGCUGCUGCAACGCUACGCCAAAGCUCGGGCCGACCUCAGCUUGAACCUGCUCGAGUUUGACGCGCUGCGGAGACGCACCAAGACGCUGGCCAACGAGCUGUGGCUGGUGAAGGAGCAGACGUUCACCGGAACGGACACCUGCGGCGACGGGAAGCUGCUGCGGGCCAGCUAUCAGUCCAGUGUGGCGAUCCUGCAAGAGUCCGCCCUCGCAGAGUUCACAACCACCCUCAAGGACCUGAUGAAGCAGUCCUGCUUCCAGUGUAACCAAACCGCCUACGAGGUGGACGCCACCCGGAUCAAGAUCGAGCAGCGCAUCUUCGAGACGCUCAACCUGCAUCCGACCUUCGCGAACCUUCUGGUAGACUCCCCCGUUGUCCUAACGCCCACCUUCGACCCCCAACAACUAAUGACGGCGAUCGGCGAGCUGCGACUCUGCAUCUCGAUUCUGUUCAGCUUCCUGCGCAAGGGAAUAAUCGACAAGCGCUUCCUGACGGAUGUCCGCUCGUGGACGGGGAAGCUGGUCGCCACGCAGCUCCGGAUCGCGACCUCGCACGAUCACCUGUUUGUGCUGUUCCACGUGCUGAGAAGUCCCAGCGGGAUCGCCGGAUGGGGCACGAAGCUGGUGCAGGUUCCCUGCUGGAACGGUGGUCUGCUCUGGGGCGGACCGGAGUUUCAGCACUGCCUGGUCGUUCUCGCCACGAUCCUGUUGCCGAUCAAGAAGCGAAACGAGUUCCUGGAGAAGCUGAAGCUGGACAUGAACCGGUCGAUCGACGUGGUUCAGGAAGAGAUGUGGGCCAUCGUGGACAGCGACGGGGAGGACUGUUCCGGCUCGGACUCGAUCUCCGAACUGAAGGAGGGAGAUUUGGUGGCGUUGAUCGAUCAAAUUCCGUUUGGGAGUUUGUUCCAAGUGAUCACGUUCGUCGAUCACCGACUGGACGGGACGUUUCGGAUCAACGAGGACGCCAUCAGUGGGACGCACCUGCUGAAAUGCAUCGCGUUCGGGACGACCUUCGUCGAACUGCUGGGCAACGGGUUGGUCACGUACGACGCCGAUCGAUACCGACAGUUUGCCAAGCGGCUGGCCAGACUGAUCAAGCACACCGUCUUCUACGUGAGCGAUCUCUACCGAAUUCUCCAGGAACGCGACCCGUCCGACCCUUCCCAGAAAGCACGUAUUUCCUUAGAACUGGACGUCUUUAUCGUCCGUUCGGCCCAGUUUAUCUACCGAUCGCGCAAGAUCGGCACCUGGCAGUACCUGACCGGCUUCCCCUUCGACCAGCUGAGCAUCAACGCGCUCUGGAAGCUGUACUUUUGCCUCCAUCUUAACGAGUUUAGCGAUAAAUCCAUCGUCGACGUAGACGCUGACUUCCGAACGAUGUGCAUCGGCGAGGAACGCCGCGAUCAGUUCCGCAGUAGUCUGCUGGAGAUGCCCUCCGAGGAUCUGUACUAUCUGCUGCAGGUCUUCUCCAAUAUGGCGCUCGCAAGAGAACCCUGCGACAGCGAGUUCAUCGAAAUCGUCGCCCUAAACCUAUUUGACAUCGGCUACCUCAACGAGCACACCAAAGACUUUUGCUACAAGGCGGUCAAGGAUCUGCUGUACAACAUCGUGGCCAAGUACCCCGCGCUGGUGUCCCGGCUGCUGCAAUCCCUGAAGCAGGACGUCGCCUCGGCCGACCAGUCCGCGAUGUACGUGUUCAAGUCGCUUCCGCUGGACCGGUGGCGGCCGACGUGGGACGACUUUGAGCUGCUCGCCAACUGGAUCCUCAACUACGGCUUUGACGCGAUCCAGAGCUCGACCGCCAGGGUUAUCCUGAUCCACCUGAACUACAACUUUGACCACAACAACGAACUGUUCCUACCGCACGACAUCCACGUCCGCAUCGCUUGUCUGGUUACGGAGGUGUACACCAAGCACGUCCCCGAGCUGCUCGGAACCUCCCAGGGACUGGCCGCGUCCGUAAGUAGCCUGGUGAAGGGUAAAGCUGCCCAGGAGCAGUUUCUGACGUGGUGCUGGAACAUGGUGAGUAUGCUACGCCUGCACUGCAUGGACCAAAGUCCGGAGGUCGUCAACGGAAUGAUCAAGAAUCCGGCCCUGAUCUUGCGGCACAUUCUCGAACUGGAGCGCGCCCAGCAAAUCUACCAGGGAGUGACGGAGAAUCGCCCGCUUGCGAUCUACCUGGCGAUCUUGAUCAGUACCUGGGGUCACUCGGUGCCGCAAAUCUGUCACAAGGGAUUGGAGCAGAUUCGGUUGCUGCUCAACGAUCACCGCUACUCGGUCGUGAUCCGGUGUUUACAGCUCAUCACCCCACUGUUUCUCGAAUGCCCCGAUAGCUUAAGCCGUUGCGAGUUGUUCAAAACGAUCCUUCUAACGCUGAUCGCGGCCGAUCGUCAUUACAGUCGCCUGACAAAAGACCAAUUCCGACCGGAAUCUCCCACUCCCGUAACGGAAAUGCUCCGUUGCAUGAUCCUGUCGCAGAUCACCAACUACGUUCAGUACGGACUCGGCUCGCCAACGCUGCUGGUCAACGUUUGGCUGCUCUGCCUGACGGAACUACCCAACUGGACCAAGGAUACAGCAGUACUGAGUCUGCUGGAUGCCAUGAUGGGUGUGGCGUACCAAUUUCCAGACUGCUGGCACUCGAUGAAAGAGUUCUUCCGGCCGUACUACUCGCGCUUCGAAGACAUCAAAGCGUCCAAACCUUCCGGACUGCUGAACCUGCUGUCCUCCAGUCCGAUCGAUGUGUUCACCAGUCCGUCACCUUCCACCGUGUUCCUGUCGAUCUUCACGCUGGAGCUCGAGUACGAGAUCACCGAGAUCCAGACCCGCAUCUGGCACGAAGUGCUGCGAGCGAUCGGAAUGCCAAACUCCACCAAAGUCUCGCUCGACACCGCCGUCAAAAAGUCCACCUCGAUCCUCGGCUAUCCGUCGUUCCAGGUCAACGCGUUGACGCUGUUCAAGCUGGCGAACCUCGUUGCCAGCUGCUCCAUCAAGACCUACAUGUACCCGAUCGUGUGCCAGCUGUUCUUCACCGUCUACCUGUCGCGCAUUCCCUUCGGUCCGGACGAGGAACGCUUCGCCAGCUGCUUCGGCGUAGCCGAUCGCUUCUACGAGCACAACGUCAGCGCGAUGAAGCGCAUCAAGAAGCAGCUGUACGAAGCGGAGUGUUACUACAACGCGGAAUCGGUCAGCGAAACCGACGAGCGACAGCUGUCCUUCUACAACCACCUGACGCGACUGUUCAAGACGAUGCAGCUUUGGCUGGAGGACACCCAGCUGAACCGGAUGCGGGUGCAGACGAUUGAGCUUCCGCCGCAGUUCGACUGUCACCGGCUGGCGUCGAUCUUCCGCGGGAACCGUGCCCACUGGACGGAGUUUAUCGACUUUAGGGGGAUCCGGGGUGAGCAUCGGGAACUGGCGGACAGCUGGCAAAAGUUGUGCUUCCGGUACCGGGCUACGGUGACAGGUGGGUUGGGUUCGCCGAUGCGAUCGCUGAAUCCCAGUCAGAGCACGACCGACAUGCAGGAUCCGAGGACGGCGAUCUUCAAGCGGUUGGAAGCUUACGACGCUCCGGUUCCGCCACCUCCGGUGUUCAAGUCUGCGCCUCUCGUCAGCUCGGUGGAGUUUGGCUCGCAAUCGUCGAGUUCGCUGAUCGCCAUGCUCAAGUCGGACUUUUCCAUUUUGGACGCGUACGCGCGGAAGGACUUUCACGUGAUGUACAACGAGCAUCUGCUGCUGGACAGCUGCUAUCUGGAGCAGGUCCGGAAGCUGUACGUCAACGAGGACAAGAUUCUGCACAGAGACGUUCGCUGCGGCAACGGGUGUACGGAACCCAAGAAGGUUCUCGUCAAGUACACCUCGUACAAGCUGGACAAAAGCCUGAUGGGAGUCCUGUCGGACAAUCGUGCCGCGCACGACAGCUUGCUUCAGCGCGAGAAGAAGCUUCCCGAUCGGGUCGUGAAGGCUUCCGUGCAGAUCGAUGCGUUUCUGAGGCAGCUGGUGGAAGCGUACCAGGAGUUCCGGCUGUGCAACGACGCGAAAGCUUGCGGCAAGCUGAACAAGGUCGGGUGCACGCUGUUUUACGAGUUUGUCGCCAAGAUGAACGACUACAACCAGCUGUGUCCGCUGACGAAGGAGGUUUGCUCGCUUGGGAUCAGUCAGCUGGGGUUCUUCAUGCAGGAGAACCAGAACGACGAAGGGAUCAAGCUGCUGAACAUUGCGCUGAAGCGGAGCGACCUGGUGAGCUUGAUCACGGAACUGCUCGUGCCGGCGAGCUGUCCGCCGCAGUUUUUCCUCAAGAUGUACGGCUUUAUCAUCGAUUCGCACAUCAAAAAGUGCGACACGCACGUGCUGUUUGUGCUGCUGUCCAAGUUUGACAUCGUCGGCUGGAUGAACCGCUUCCGGCCGAAGCUGGUGGACGUGAACCAGCUGGCGGGGCUGAUCCUGCGCGGGCUGGAGGGCUGGAACCAGCAGAAUGCGGUGAUGAUUCAGGAUCUUCUCCAGCGCCACCUGAUGCAUCUGUUCGAGUACGACUUUCCGGAGCACUACGGGGACAUUCUGCAGAUGUCGCUGGCGGCCUGCUCCAAGAAGAAGGUCGACCAGAAGGUUCUGCUCGAUCUGGUCAAUUCGAUGCGACGCCGCGUCGGUUGUCAACCGAUGGCGUUCGGCGUGGGCCUGGUCGCGAUCAAGGAGGAGUUCCGGGCGUUCGCCACCAAGCAGAACAUCCUGUCGUACAAGGACAUUAUCGACACGACGGUUUUGUUGACGCAGCACUUUCAGCAGGAGCGGCUUGCCCACGGGCUGCACGGGUUGUAUCCGAAGCACAGCGAGUACUGCGAGGUGUUGUCGCUACUGUUGGGUUCGAUGGGUCAUGCGGCGGUCGUUGCGGCCGUUCACACCUAUCCGGGAGUGCUGGCGGAUGAGCUGAUCAACUGGUUGUGGCCAUCGCUUUGUGACAUGUUUUCUCCGUGGCUUAUUCCGUACUUUCCCCAGACGAUGAAGAACGGUCCGCAGCAGGUGGCCAACUGGAUCCAGCAGGUCGCCGGUGAUCAGAGCAUUCUUCCGCCGUGGAGCGAACUGCACGCGGACACCGCCUUCCGGAUGGUCAAAGUAUUUGAGCACUGUCUACAGUACCUGAUGGACACAUUCCCGUCGAGCAGUGCCGUGCUGGGUCACAUCUUCUACUGGUACGAGCUGAACUACGCCCAUCCGGCUCUUCCACGUUUCGUGGCCGUUCCGAUUCACACGAACCUGAUGAACCUGGCCUGGGAUCGGUUCCGUCCAGCCCCAGUUCACAUCACCGGCUUCAGCCGGAUCCUCCAGCAGUUCAUUCCGGAAGCGCACCUCUUUGUCGGUCACAUCUUUAUCCGGAUCGCGUGGACUCCGUGGCUUCAGCAGCACAUCCAGGGCUGGGAUUACACCGUGCGCUACCAAAUGCUGUCCUCCCUGUUGAUGAUCUUCAUCAAGAUCUCGUACGAACCGAACGCCCGCGAAGGUCUCAAGAUCGUGACGCUGCUCCAGGAGGCCUGCAACUACCCGUGGCACAUGCUGGAGUACCAGGGCGUGGAAGCGGUCCUGGACUGGUUCGUACUCUCGGCGGAACCUUCCGCCGUCCUCAAGAUGCCUUCGGAAGGCGAGGUCGUGGACAGUGCCGUGCUGGAUCUGCUGCAGGUCGCGUCCGCCAUGAAGUUCAACCCGGGCAAUCCGCUGGAGUCGAGCGCGCUCCAGUCGCAGGUCCAGGCCAAGCGGAUCCUGUACGUGCGGACGACGGUCCGGCUGCUGAACGCCUGCGGGGCCAAGUACCAGAAGCUGCUGGGGACGAAGCAGGGAGUGCAGGCGUUCCACAACGCCGUGCUGGGACUGCUGAACACGAUCGAGACCGUGCUGCUGCAGAUCCGGACCGUGAAGGACCGCGAGUUUGAGGCGAAGAACCUGAUGGCGGAGGUGGUCGUGUCGCUGCAGAGUCAGGGCGAGUACACCUCGAGACUGUUCGUCGAGGCGAUCGUGCUGUGGACGGAGAACUGCCGCACCGGCGACAGCCACAUGAUCCCGUCGAUCCUAGACGCGCUCGGGCUGUGCAAGGGCUUCACGCUCAAUCUGUUCACCCUGCUUGAGGAAACGAUCGUGCACUACUUUGCCAAGUCGUGGACAGGUCGCUCGACGGAUGCCGGUAGUCCCGUGCUGGACGCGUCCUGGAGCUGCGGCUUGCUGCAAAAGGUGGGUCCCCAAACGGUUCGCGGGUUCGACGAAGAGAUGCUCCUGAAGAACCGGUUUCUGCUGGGGUUGCAUCUGCUGACGUUGGCGCGGCUGGCGGACGCUCCGAGCAGUGGGGAGAAGAUGAUCGUGCUGCAGAAGCUGUACCGAGUGCUGGAGGAGCUGAAAGUGAGCGAGCAAAACGAAAGCAAGUUGAUUCUGCUGUGGGGACUGAUGCUGGUUGUUGGUGUUGAGAUCUUGAAGGCAUCCUCGUACGGUCACAAUCACCUGUUGACGCUGGCGCGGUACCUGCAGACCUGCUCCAAGGACACGGAAGGUUGGGGCGAGGGUCUGCUCGGUGCGAUCGGCAUCCGGAAGGACGGAGUCAGCAUCCGGCGGAAGGUGGUGGCAAAGUGUCUGUCCUGUACGGUGUUUUUGAUGUUUGGGGAUGAUUCGACGAUGGAAGCGACGGAAAAUGGACCACCGUCGAUUGAUCUGGCGAACCGGUGCCAGGAGUACAGCCAGGCGAUGGCCGAUCUUAAGCUGACGCUGGGAAACAAACGAUACGCGGAUUUGCACAUUAAAACGAGGGCCGCGAUCAAUCUGAUUGAGAAUACGGCCAUGGUGACGAACAUUGCGGAGAAUGUGUGCAAAAUUCUGCGAUUGUUCUGUGAGGAGCACUUCUUCUACUCGGUAGAGGACGCAUGGCGUCCGUAGAGGCGCUGCAAUCGCUUGAGAGAUGUGUUUAUUUUAAUCGUCAAUAGAUGGCAGUAAGAUCAAAAGAGGGAAUUUCUCUGUGUUAUACAAAACGAUUUUAAGCUUUCCAUGUUAUUUUUUAAAGAAUCGGAAUAAUCUCAACUUUAUUUAAAUACAAAAUUGGCUUAUUGGGCUGUGAAUAAGGU